GGCUCAGACAAAGUCAUAACGAUUCCUUACAAUUAUUUAAGUACGAUUUUAAAAAUUUAACAAAAAAUUUAUCGUAAAUAAUAUUUUAAUAGUGUUACAUUUCGUUAAAAAAUUUAAAUCGACAAACUCAAUCACACAAAAUAUUCAAUUAAAUGGAGAUAAAAAUUGAAGUAGAGCCUGACGUAGCUCAAUAUUCAGCUACGUCAAGGCACAAUUAAUAAUUAAAUUUAAUAAAUUUUUUUAAAAUCUUAUAACACAAUCGUUAACUUGAACCAUUUCCAAAAUUUAUUUAAAUGCGAUAACAUAAAUGUUGAAAGUCAAAACAAUCAUAUUUUUUUUUUAACUAAGAAACGCACAGUAUUUAUAAGCAUUUAAUUACGAAGACAAUCUUUACCAAAGCUACCUAAUUAAAGUAAGAUGAGUUUUUUUUUCUUGAAUAAUCAAUUACCGAGGCCAAUAUUUAUAAAAAUGAUUAUAUAGAUGUAUACUAAUAUAGAAAAGUUACAUUGUUGACUGUCUGUUGUAUUAACAUAUUCACAUUUGAAUAUUCAUUAAUGUAUAUUUUAUUGUUGUAAUAAAAUAAUCACGUUUAUUUGAAUAUUAAUAAUAGUUACUAUUGUUAUUGUGAAUUAAUACAACUCGUAAUUAAAUGAUCUUGAUAUAAAUAUUUUUUUAUUUAAAGUUUUUAAAAUAAAAAAAACGAGAUUUUAAAAAUAUAAUAUAAGUUUUUAAUGGGUAUGAAUAAUUUGAAGAAAGUUACAUAAUUAAUAUAUAACGAGAGUUUAAAAAUAUAAGUACAUAAAUAGAGUAUUGAUAAAGUAGAGUAAGUUAAGAUGAAUCUUGAAGUGGAAUUAAUAGCGGGAGUUGUCAAGGGUGGACCACCUCCAGCACAUUUACCGGCCCCACGACUUAUCAAGAUAUUUAUUGCUGGGGAACGUGAUGAAUUUCCUGAAGAACGGAAGCAACUACUGGAAUCGAUUGGACCAGAACUUCAAUCUAUUUACGAUGACAUGGGAAUUGAAGUAUUAUUGGUCGAUAUGCAAUUUGGUACGAGUAGAAAUCCUGAUAACGAUCCGUACUUAGCUGAAUUAUUUCUUGAAGAGAUCAGAGCAUCGUUCCGCCACUCACGCGGAUGUUUCCUACUUCUUCUAGUGGGUACGGAUUAUAGUACUGGUUGGAUUCCAACGAAAUUUAAAGAGGAAAUUUUUCGUACUCUCGUUACGAAUUCACCCGAGCUUAAUGACUAUUACGAGUACAAAGAGCAUUGUUAUGUUUUAAAGGCCACCAGAGAGGAAACAGUUAAAGAUGAUUGGCAAACAAAAGGAAAGCGGCUUUCAGAAAUUCUUAAAGCUGCUGCCGAAUCAGCAUUAAUAAACGAUCCAAACAAUAUUGAUUUACAGUACGUGUUAAAAUCAACAUCCGAGCGUCAAUUAGAUUAUGGAUUAAAUUUAGAUAACGAAGGAAAUGGAAUAAUUAGUAUUAUUCGUAACUGGACUAAUAAAGGUCCAUUAUCAUCACCAGCAUGUCAAAAGCUCAAAACAAAAUUACAUUCUCAUUUACCUAAGGGCAAUGUUUUAAAUUUCGAUGUUAAUUAUAAUGACUCUGGUAUUAUUGAUCCCGACAUAAAUAGUCACGAUAAUUAUUUGACAAAACUACGUACCCAAGUAUUGGACAGAAUCCAAAGCUUAGUAAAUGCAUCCGUAGAAUCCGCUCCAGAAAUAAAAAGCCGUAAAAAAAUGGUUCAAGAAAUUUACGCGGAAAGUCUUGCUCAUCAAUCAUUAUUACGCGAAAUAGAAGAUUUAUCUGAAAACGACGAUAUCGUGCAACGAGUCAAAGAACUUUUACAAAUGGGUAUGACCCAAAAACAUGGUCCUAUUAUAAUACGAGGUAAUCGUUGUACAGGAAAGUCUUCAAUAUUGUCAACAAUUUACAAAAAAGUAGAUAAUUGGUUCAUUAACAAAACAACGAUGAAAAUAGUACGUUUGUGUACAGCAACACCUAAAUCGGCCUAUAAUUUAGAAUUAUUAAGAUUGUUGUGUCAGCAUAUUGGUUUUAUAACCGGUAACAAUGAUGGCAAUUUACCCCGGGAUGCGUCUUUUCAUCCAUUGUAUUUAAAUAAUUGGUUCAAUGAAAUAAUACGUGGGAUCGAAGAAAAACCAUCUGAUGGUAACGACAACCAAUUGAUUAUUUUGAUCGACGAUAUCAGUCGUCUCCAUCCUUUGGAGACAGAUAUUGUGACUGCGUUGUCAUGGCUACCAUUGCAAUUACCACCGGGGUUGCAUUUUGUUAUAACAACGCAAUUGCCAUUGGAAUUGUUAAAAUUGACACCAUUGCAAAAAGAGAGAUUCAAAAGUACGGAUAUACUUAUCGAGUUACCGGAAACACGCAAUCGGAUUCCGAAUAUCGAAAGUGAAUUCGAUAAUUUGGAGAGACUUAUCGGUAAUAAAGCAGCUAAUCGUAUUGGUUCGUUGUUAGCUUGUACGGAAUAUGGGCUAUCGGAAACAGAAUUACUUGAAUUAAUAAUGCCUACAACAGAUGAUAGCCCAUUGUUAUUAGCGUCAGGUCAAUUUAAUUUUUCAACUUGGUGUUUGGUCCGCAGAAACUUCGAUAAUCUAUUGAGAGUAAGAGUUAUGAGCGGAAGGCUACUGUUUUCAUGGCGUUGGAUUACGCAAGAUAUUGCGCGUAAACGUUAUCUACCAACGCAAUUUGUAUCACGGCCUUGUCAUGCUGAAUUAGCGGGACUGUUUUUUUCAGAAGAUUGUGAAGACAGUGAACGCUCACCAGUUAAUGAACAAGAUUCUGAUACACCACCAAAUAAAGAAACCCCUUUUCAAAGCUUACCACAAUCACAAGACAUAACUUAUACUUUGAGGCAUGUUGAAGAAGCAUGGCUUCAUUUAUUACGAGCUGGAGAUGCUGAGAAAAUAAAAAAGUUUUCUGUUUGCGCUUUUGAUUUUUUGUUGGCCGCCGUUCAGAUGAUAAGCGUUAGUUAUUUACGCUGCGUUCUGGAACAUGCGAGACGUUAUUUGCUGGAACGGGAUUUGGAACUGGUUUAUUAUACGAUCAGAAACUCGAGUGAUGCUUUGACAAGAGAUCCGCUGCAAUUAGGCGCCCAAUUGAUAUCUUGGCUCAGGCCCGUUGUGGGCGAUGGUGGUGACUUGGUUAAUUCAGGGGAUCAAGUCAGCAGGAUGAUCACUGCAGCAAUGGCUUGGUGUGACGGUUACGCAGCACCACUGUUGGUACCACUUAAUGGUUGGCUACAGUCGCCUUUGCCGCUGCAAAUAAAAACGCUGACUUGCCCUCAAAAUGUUAAGUUUGUGGAACCUGCACCAACAGGGCAACAUGUUAUUAUUGUCCCUGAUCAAGGAGAUGCUCAACUAUGGCAUGUUAUGUCCGGCCAACUUGUUCAUACAUUCAAAGGCCACUCGAAUCCAAUUUCCUGCAUCGCUGUCACCCAGCAAUCACAAUAUCUGCUGACCGGUUCUGAAGAUACAUCGAUAAUAGUCUGGGAUAUGAAAGAAUUGACACUAAAGCGACGUAUCUGUGAGCAUAUUGCCCCAGUAUUGACAGUAACCCCGGCUCUUAACAAUUCAGUGAUUGUAAGCGGAGGUGAAGAUUCGCGUAUCAUCGCAACGAGUCUCCUAACUGGUGAAGUCUUGAUGAAAGUCGACCAUCACCGCGGACCCGUGACAACUGUAAAAAUAGAUACCGCUGGUGAUGUAUUGAUAUCCGGAUCAGCAGACGCAACUGUCUGUUUAUGGUCACUUGAAAAUUUUCAAUUACUCAAUAGCAUAACGUUACCCUCACCCGUGGCAAUGCUCGAUGUAUCAAUAGAUUCAGUAUUUUUACUAGCCGUCUGCGAAGAUAACAAACUAUACUUACGUUCACUGGCUACUGGUACUGAGAUUCAUUCACUCAGAGGACAUCAAGGCCCAGUAAAAAGUUUGUCGUUAGCAAAAGACUGCCGACGAGCAGUAGCUGGCGGUGUUGAUGGCCACGUAUCAAUUUUUGAUAUGCACAGCGGAAAAUUAAUAAAACCAUUGUCGACAAAUUCAUCAGCCGACGUAUCAUUCGUCAAAGUAACUGACAAAGACGAUUUCCUUAUAACAGCAAGUGGCAAUCGCGUUACAUUCUGGAGUUUCCGUGGUGAUGAAAAUAACAAUUUCAAAUCAUUAGGAUCUAAAUCUGGCAAACACGAAUCACUACAACCGCAUACAUCGGCAAUAUCAUGCUUGGAUAUAUCACGCGAUGGUGCGACUGCAGUAACAGGUGGCACUGAUUCCCUAGUCAAUUUAUGGCAAUUGAACACACAUGAGCUUAUUAUGACGCUGGAGGGACACAUUGCAAGUGUUACGUGCGUUGCAUUUUCAGCCUCGGGGUUGUUUGUUGCCUCGGGAUCAGAAGAUAAAACAGUACGUGUUUGGGGAUUAACACUGGGCUUAGUUGUCGCAACAUUUCGGCAUAUGGCUCCAGUUACUGCAGUGAUUGCUAUGCUGGAUGGUAGACGAGUCGUUAGUUCUGAUCGCGGUGGCACCAUUAGAGUCUGGGCAGCCGACACUGGUACACUGAUACAAUCGGUAUGCGGACCGGGUCGUUGUUUCGCAGUAACAUCGGAUAUGAGAUACGCAAUCUGUGGUACGGGUGACAAUCAAUUGCGUAUACUGAGUUUGGGUGCUGGUCCAGAGGAAAAACAUCAAAUUUCACACUCACAGGAUAUUACGUGUUUAGUCGUAACACCUGACUCGCAGUCGCUGAUCACUGGAUCACGCGAUAUGAGUCUCAAAGUUUGGCAAUUGGCUGGGGGCAAAUUGUCCCAGGUACUAGUAGGUCAUACUGAUCACGUGACGUGCGUCGCAGUUGCUGUUACUGACAAAAGUAUCGUUGUUUCGGGAUCGCGUGACGCUAAUUUGAUUGUCUGGGACAUAAACACGGGAGCAGACUUGCAUACUCUUAUUGGACAUCUUGGUUAUGUCACUUGCGUCCGUUUAUCUGGUGACGGGACUCUGGCUGUAAGCGGAAGUGAAGAUAAAAGUUUGUUUAUUUGGGACACCAAGAAGGGAAUUGCAUUGAGCUCAAUUGUUCUUCAUGUUACUAUACUAGGAGUCGAAAUGUCAACCGAUUGUUCACGAAUGGGAAUUCAUCUACUGGAACAAAGUCGCAUGCCUAUACUUUGUUUACACAACACACCUGCUCAAUAUGUUAAGUUACCGUCUUAUGUUGCGCCUCGGGAUUUACGACCGCCUGGGCCUAAACGACCUGCCAGGAGAUUGUUGAAGAAAGAAGUUUCAUUGGAUACUUACACAUGGCAAAGGAAAUAUGGUCAUUUGACAUCAGGAAUAAUGGUCGCUGCUGUCGAAGACAGAUUGAAACGACGUUUCAGUGUUAGCGCGUCAAUGGAAGAAAUAAGCAAAGCUGGUUUAGCAAAUUCACAAUCAAGUCUCGGACGUGAGCAAGCUGCAUUAGCACAAUCACAACACUUUGAUCAACUUGAGGCAUUAUGGAAUAAACAAUCGCCACCUCCAAAACCACGUGGAUUUGGACGUACAUUAUCUAAACAGAGCUCGCUUCAAGGAACCCGAAUAUCGGAUUCUGAUGAAGAAGAUGUACCAGAUUAAAUAUCGCUGAGAUAAGUAUAAAGUUUAUGAAACUUAUGGUAAAUUAUAAUGAAAAAAGUAAAUCCCUCUCUAUCUAAAUAUAUAUAUUUUUGACUGAACUAUUAUUAAAUUACAAUAUAUAUAUUAUUUUUUCAAUAUAAUAAAUAACUUAAUAUUAAGUAUUUUAUUUCAACGAAAUAAUUUUUUUUAAAUAAUUGUUUUUUUUAUUGUUGAUAUUUAUUUAUAAUUUAAUGAAAUCCAAAUCUCUAGUCAGUAUAAUCAAAUGUUAUAGACAAAUGCAAAUGAUAUACAUAUAUAUGUAUAUGAUAUAUAUAUGAAAGAUAUAAAAUUAUAAUUUAAGUAAAAUAUCAUACUUGUGUUAAGUAAUUAUUAAGUAUUAUUAUAUGGGUUAAUUCUAAGAUCUCAUUAAAAAAAUAGAUUACCCGGAAGAAUAGUUAAAUAUAAUCAUAUAUGUUCAGAUAUUCAGAAAUGAUAAAAUAUAUGUCCAUUUACGAUCAAAUGUGUUCAUUAAUGAUCUGAGAUGAUCACAUAUGAGUCCCUUUAUAAUCAGAUAUGAUCAUAAGUGGUCACCCUUAGUAAUGGAUGAUCAGAUAGAAGUACAUUUAUAAUCAUAUGUGAUCAGAAAUUAUCAUAUGGAUCGAAUUUGAUCACAUAUUAGUUAAUAUAUGAUCAGAUAUGAUCAUAAAUGGACAUGUAAACACUGAUUGGCACUCAUAUGUGAUCAGAGAUGAUCAUAUAUAAUCAUGCAUGUAUAUAUAUGAUCAGAUAUGAUAAUGCAAGGUCAUAUUUAAUCGCCAAUUAGUUCACAUAUGAUCAGAUAUGAUCAUAAAUGGACAUGUAGGGUCUUGGGUGAUCAGAUACGAUUACAUUGACACUCAUAUAUGAUCAUAUAUAAUCAUUCAUGAUUAUGUAUGGUCAUAGAUGAUACGAUACGAAUACAUUGGUAAUCAUAUAUGAUCAAAAGUGAUCAUUCAAGGUAAUAUUUGAUCACAAAAUAGUUCAAAUAUGACCAGAUGUGAUCAUAAAUGGACACGUAGACACUGAUUGACACUCAUUUGUGAUCAGAGAUAAUCAUAUAUAAUCAUGCGAGAUCAUAUAUGGUCAUGGCUAAUAAGAUAUGAUCAUCUCUAAUCAUAUGUGAUCAGAUAUGAUCAUACAAGGUCAUAUUUGAUCGCAAAUUAGUUCACAUAUCAUCUUAUAUGAUCAUAAAUGGACAUGAAGGGUCAUGGUUGAUCAGAUACGAAUACAUUGACACUCAUAUAUGAUCAGAGAUGAUGAUAUAUAAUCAUGCAUGAUCAUGUAUGAUCAUAGAUGAUACGAUACGAGUACAUUUGUAAUCAUAUAUGAUCAAAAGUCAUCAUACAAGGGCAUAUUUGAUCACAUAACAGUUAAAAUAUGAUCAGAUAUUAUCAUAAAUGGACAUUUAGAGUCAUGAUUAAUUAGAUACGAGUACAUUUAUGAUCAGAUAUGAGCUUACAUAUGAUCACGUAUGACAACAUAUAAAAUCAUAUACGAUAUAUGUUUAAAUAUUCAGGUUCCUGGCUAAAAUUUCUACCAGUAAUACAAAAAAAAAUAAUUAAUGAAAAAAUUACGCUGCAAAUAAUAUACAAAGAUUUAUAUUAUAUUAUCUUCCAUAAUAUAUUUAUAUAAAAUAAACCUUUCAAUAUGAACUAAAAAAAUGCUUAAAAGUAAAACAAUGAAAUAAUUUAUUACAAUAAUUUUUUAAUUAUAAAAAAAUCAAAGUUCCAAUCUAUUAAAACACUUCCAUUUCUUAUUAUUAAUUAUUUAGUAAUUAUUACCUAGUCAAUAAACUAAAUUAUAAAAUUAUUUUUAUUUAUCUGUAAGCAAAGUAUUAUGAGUGUAUUAUUUACAAUUAUAGUGAAAUCAAUGAAUCGUACAAAUUGUUAUCUAUAUAGUUGAUGUUACAAACCUUCCAAAUAAUGAAUAAACAGAAAGUAAAUAUAUGACGACAUAAAAUAAUAUAUAUUCUCCAAAAAAAAUAAAAAAUAGAUACAAAUGUAUAGUUUUAAUAAAUUACAAUUAUUUUCGUCGUUAUAUAUAUGUAUGAGAACAAUAAAAAAAACGUUAUCUUUAUGAUUAAAAUAAUAUAAUAUAAAUAAUAAAAAUAAAAAUGUCACAAAUAUAAAAGUUUAAAAAUCUGUCCUUGUUAUAAAAUAAAACCUGUGUUGUAAAAAAAUAAUUAAUAACAUUCAAUGUUAUAAAUUAAACUUUUUUUUAGCUCCUUCAAAUAUGUGCUCCUAAAAGUAUUUGUUUAAAAUAAUAAAAGAAUAAAAAAGAUUUAAAAUAAAAAAUUUAUUAUUUCAAAUUAUCAAUUGAACAAUAAUUGAUAAUUGAACUUUCAAAUAAAAUAUCAAAAAUUUAUUUAUCUAUUUAUUCAUUUAUGGCCCAACAGCUUACGCCAAUAACAGGAUCAGAUAGAUAAUAGUAUUAAAAAUACAAAUCUAUAAUAAUUACAAUCUGGUAACAGACGUAAAAAUUUCAAUACAAAAAAAUACUUUUUACAAUUUCAUAAAACAAAAUUCCAAACAAAACAAAAAUUAAAUGAAUAUUGUCAUGGUUUAAAAAUUAUUAAUUUUUUUUUACUAUUAAUGACGAAUUAAAAUUUAAUAAACUUAAAAACUUUUAACCCCGUAUGCAGAUUUGUUUUGGAUUACAGGUCAUUGAUCUUCAUAAGCUCAGUGAUUAUCAACCACUGCUUAAAUAAUACCUUUUUGGGAGCUAUUUCCUCGAUACAAUCGAAGUCCAUUAGCUCUGACAGUUAUUCUACGCAGAAGCGGAAAUUUCUUGGAAUUUCCGAGUUAACGGAUACCCCUUCUCCCUUAAACAGUAAAUAAUACGCAUGCGCUGUUACUCCUACAUGAAUGAUGACAUAUAAAUAUACGCAGGCACAUAAGAACAUAUAGCAUCGGGUAGGAGACAG